AUGACGAGUUUCGCAAAUUCAUUCUGGUCGUCCGACCAGAGUUAUGCAGGAGGUGUGCUCAAUUCGUUCCUUGGUCUGCUCGUGCUAACCCUCCGCCAGNGACUGGGAGUCCUCUUUGGCAAGCUCCAGCAGGGCGUGCAGGAGAAUCAGCAGGUCCUGACGAUUGCGCGCAUGCGAGCCGAAGCUGAAGACCUCUACGGCCAACGCCUGGGCGACAUCGAUGCUGCUACCCUAAAGGUCGAGGGAGGAUUCCAGAAAGACGAUGGUGCCAGUGUCAAGAAGGCCUUUGAGGGCAUGCGUUCCGAGAUGAGCGAGGCGGCCAAAAAUCACCGCAAGAUCGCAUCCAACAUCCGCGAGCUUGUUGUAAGCCCUUUCGCCCGCUGGUGCGAUGCCCACGCCGCUCGAGUACAGAACUCUCAGGACGACCUGCAAGCACGUAUCAAAGCCCACGACCGACAAGCCGACCACGUCCGUACCUACCGCAGCCAGUACUACAACAAGUGCCGCCGUGUCGAAGAUCUGGACGAGGAAGAGAAGCUGGCCUUCCAGGAUCCUCUGAGUGAGGCCGCCCAAAGUCCCAAGCCUGCCUCGCAAAUCCCAGUCGUCAAGCUGUCCGAACCUGAAGAGGAGGACGAACCUGAACCCAUCGACAUCGGUGAUCAGACGUACACCCCUGAACAGGUCAAGAAGAUCCUCAACCACAUGCUCGAAACCAUCAAGCUAGGCGAGACCAAGGUGCCCAUUCUCGGCACAUACCAUAACGUUUCGACCGGAGCCGAUAUCACUGAUUACAUUCAGAAGCACAUGAACGGUACGAGCGUCAGUUACGCCGAGCGCAUCGGUCAGGAUAUGGUCGGCCACGGCUUCCUGAGACUGAUUGGCAAUGUUGGAAGCACCUUCGCAAACAGCAGUCGCAUGAAUUACCAGUGGCGCCCCAAGGUCUUCCAAAUCACUGGCCUUCCCGAAAGACGAGGCAUGGGCAGAUCUGCCACAGUUUCAUCCGUCAGUUCGAUCCCGGACUCGCCUGUUGGUGCUGUUGGCGAACUCUUUUCCGGGUGGAACCCUCUGAGCAACGCUCAUCCGGGCGAAACUCCCGCAGCCAAAUUGCGUAGGGAGGCUCGCGAGGCCGAUGAACGCUACAAGGCCGCUGUAAGAAAGCUUGAUGCUCUCCGUUGCAACCUCGAGGAGGCUAUGGUUGACCACCUCAAAUUCAUGGAGCGUUGCGAGCUCGAUCGUCUAAAGGCCAUCAAGAGCGUGAUCCUGGAUUUCUCUGGAGCCAUUAGCAAUGUCAUCCCCAGCUUGCAAAGUACUGUCGACAACAUGAUGCUUUUCCAGGAGACUGUUCAGCCGCUGGGCGACUUGCGCUAUCUCUUGGAGAACUACAGGACUGGUCCAUUCGUGCCCAAAGUCACCAUCUACGAAAACUACUACAACAAUGUCGACGAGCAAACUUUCGGCAUUGACAUCGAAGCCCGCGCUCGUGCGGACAGAAAGCGCGUCCCUCUGAUCGUGACCACUCUGUUGACUUUCCUCGACAAUCAUUACCCUGAGCUCGAAGGAGACGAAGCCCGUCGCAGCAUCUGGCUUGUGGACGUUCCUUUGGCUGCUACCCAUCAUCUGCGAAACAUUCUCAAUACUGGCAAAGACACAGUGUCUCAAGACACGCUGGAUCGUUAUGAAAUCCCCAUCGUUGCAUCUGUUCUGAAGCUUUAUCUGCUUGAACUUCCUGAUUCUCUGGUAUCAGCACAUGUUUAUGAAAUCAUCAAGACGAUCUACACAAGCACCGCACCUAACACCUCGGAGACCGCACGCAUCUCUGUGAUCCAAAGCACGCUUGGCCAACUCAGACUUGCCAAUAUUGCCACAUUGGAUGCCAUUACCACCCACUUCACGCGCUUGAUUGAGCUGACAUCGGCCGACGAGGGAUACAUCUCAGCCCUGUCCACUACGCUUGCGCCCUGCAUACUUCGUCCCAAGCAAGGUAACACUCUUUCACUGAACGAAAAGUUCAACUACAGGCUCGUACGUGAUCUGUUCGCUCACAAAGACACCAUCUUUGGUGAGCUCAAGCGCCAGUCGUCAUUGACGCACACCAACUCUGGUGCCUCGAGACCUCGCGCUAUCAGUACCGAUGAGAGCAGACGUCGUGAGCAUAUGGAAGAGCGGCAACGAGCCAUUAUCGCUGCUGCCGAGACCCGUGGCCGUGCGUCUAGCCCUUUCAAGUCCACCUUUGGCGGCCCUCUUGGAUCCAUGCACAAGAGAGACCGCAGCUCAGGUGCCGAGACACGAUUCCCCGUCACCCCUUCUGCAGCAAGCACCCCUACCGACGUCCGUAAUGCGAACCGUGGCAGUCUAGAGGUGCCUGGUUCUCCGAUCCGCGCCCCUGUCCUGCUGCAGUCGCCACCCAAGGGCAAUGGAAGAACCGACUCUAUGCCAUCUUCUUCCGACUCUGCAGUAUCAGGAGAUGCUGCAGCUCCUUUCGCUCGUCAACGCAGUGACACUAUCAACUCUGUAGUCAUGACUCCCGGCGCUCAAACAGAAGCUCCUGACUAUCUUGCCCAUGCUCAAGAACAACAGCACGACGAAGAAGCUGGGAGUGAUGCCGACUCCAUAGCUCCGGAGCCAAGCUCGGGCAUCAACAACAACCGUCAAUCUGUCGAGGUCGAGAAGCGCAACUCUCUGAACCGAUCGAUGGGUCGUGUUGCGCGUAAGGGUACGGCAAGCAGCCUGUCACGCCAGAGUCUGAUUGGCAAGCGAGAGAGUGUCGGCAGCGUAGGCACUUCAUCAUCCGGUGCCGCUGCCGCUGCCGCUGCCGCACCUGCUGCUGAUUUUGUUGACAGCCCUGUGGACGUUGCAGAGCGCGCAGAGGAAGAGGCAUUGGCCCAACGUGGCGUCGAACUCGUUGAUAAACCUAUGGAUGACGAUUAG